AUGGCCUCGGACCUCGUGCCGGUGCACACAGAGGUGGAGAGCGUCUACGGCCUAGAAGGCCGGGUCAACCUCAUUGGCGAGCACAUUGACUAUGAGGGCUAUGGCGUGCUGCCCAUGGCGCUCCGGUUGGACACGGUGGUCGCGAUCGCGCGGGGCGGGGACAAGCUGUCGGUCGGCAAUGUGGAGGCGGAGAAGUUCCCUCUGGUGGAGUAUGACGUAGAUCCAAACCAGGAGGCCGGUCUGCGGCCGGCCAACAGGGGCGGCCGGGACUGCCUGCAGGAGGUCGACACUGCCAACCAUGUCUGGGCCAACUACUUCCUGGCGGCAUACAAGGGCGUGUUUGACCACCUCAGCUCAAAGGGCGAGGAGUUGCCCAAGCCCACCGGCCUGCAGGUCAUGAUACACGGCAUCGUACCCCUGGGCGGCGGCCUGUCUAGCUCCGCCGCGAUCGUGUGCUCCUCGGCCCUGGCUGUGCUGGCGGUCAACAGCAUCACCCUCACAAAGGGCGAGGUGGCGGACUUCACCUGCAAGGCGGAGCGGUACGUGGGCGUCACCAGUGGCGGCAUGGACCAGGCCAUCAGCGUCAUGGGGCAGCCCAACGUGGCCAAACUCGUGGAGUUCAACCCGGUGGGGCUCGGGUGCCGCGUGUGUGAGGGGCACUCGGAGAAGCAGCACCCAGAGUGCGCGGUGCGGGCGGAGGACGUGCACCUCCCGCAGCCGGCCACGUUUGUCAUCGCCAACUCGCUGACGGUGUCGAAGAAGCAGGAGACGGCCGAUAAGAAGUACAACCUCCGCGUUGUCGAGUGCCGCCUGGCCGCCGCCCUCAUCGCGCGCAAGCUGGGCAGCCCCUCGGACGCGGCUGCGCGCGUGCGCACGCUGCGGGAGGUCGAGCCGCUCAUUGCGGCCAAGUACGGGGAGGGGCUCAAGGGCAAGCUGCGAGCCGUGGAGGAGCUCCUGGAUGGGGGCCUCUACCUGCAGCCCAGGGUCGAGGAGGAGCUGGGCGUGCCCCUGGCCGACGUGUUUGCGGGCGAGGCCAGCCCCCUGCGCGUGCUGGGGGUCGUGCGGGACGAGGGCUUCAAGCUGCGCGACCGCGCGGCCCACGUGUACUCUGAGGCGGACCGGGUCUACGCGUUCCAGGCCGCGGCCGCGGACGGCGGGGACUCGGCGAUGGCGGACCUGGGGGCGCUGAUGGACGCGAGCCACGCCAGCUGCUCCAAGCUCUACGAGUGCAGCUGCCCCGAGCUCGACUCGCUGGUCGCGGUCGCCAAGGGCGCCGGCGCGCUCGGGGCGCGGCUGACGGGCGCCGGCUGGGGCGGCUGCACGGUGUCCCUGGUGCAGCGGGAGCAGGUCGGGCCCUUCAUCCAGCGGCUGCGGGAGGAGUACUUUGACCCCCUGCUCAAAGCGGGGCGCGUAACAGAGGGGGAGAUGCCAGAGGUACGCGCGCAGGGGCCGCGGGGCGGCGGGGUCCCCGGCGGCGCCAGGCGGGCGGGCAUGUCUGGCGAGGAGGGGACCUGGCUGGUGCUGUUCGCGUCGCCGCCGUCGAGCGGCGCCGCGGUGUUGCGCGUCAAGCUGGCGCCGCCGCAGGAGGAGGGCGCAGCGGGGGCCGAGGAGCCGGCCCGGGAGCCUGCGGCGGCUUGA